GCAAUUCUUGACAAGAUCUCGACCAUGUGGACUGGGGUCAUGCUGCGUUCACGAUUUGAGAAAGAUGGUAGUCAAAUCGAGGAAUUAUCUCCUUGCUGGUUGUGGGUCUACUACAGGGGUUCCGAAAAGGGGAGUCCGCCAAUGCCAACAUAUAUAAAGGUCUGAAGGCCCUGGGAGUAGACACCAAGAGACAAGCAGACUCAACAAAACAAAAAUCUUUUCCUGGGUCGAGCAUAUUAGCUUUCCUUCCCCCCUUUGUCCCUUGAGAAUACCGCAGACUCAUACAGCAUGUCCAUCCAAAAGCUCAAAGUCGGCAUGGCCGGCCUCGGCCGAGUAGGCAAGAUCCACGUCAACAAUUUCCUGCAUCAGACUCCCCGCGCCGACCUGGUGGCUGCUUUCUCGCCAGACCCUGCGGAGAUUGCCUGGGGUCGACAGAACCUCGAGCCCUACGGCGUGACCCUGUACGAUGACUACGACAAGAUGCUCGCGCACCCCGGGCUGCAGGCCGUGGUCAUUGGCACGGCCACCUCGGUGCACGCGGAGGAGACGAUGAAGGCGAUUGAUCGGGACCUGCACGUCCUGUGCGAGAAGCCUCUCUCGACGAGUGUUGAAGUGUGCAAAGCUGUUGUCCAAAAAGCCCAAACCAAGCCCCACCUCAAAGUAAUGUGCGGCUUCUCCCGCCGCUUCGACGCCUCCUACCGCGAAGUCCACUCCAAAAUCAGCCAGGGGCUAAUCGGCCGCCCCUCCAUCAUCCGCAGCCAGACCUGCGACAAAUACGACCCGUCGGGAUUCUACGUCGCCUACGCCGCCUGGUCCGGCGGAGUCUUCGUCGAUAUGUCCGUGCACGACAUCGACCUGACACUAUGGUUCCUCGGCGAAGACUCCAUCCCGAAGAGCAUCUCCGCGUACGGAAUCACCGCCGUGCAGCCCGAACUCAAGCAGUACAACGACUACGAUAACGCGGUCGGCAUUGUAGAGUUCUGGGGCGGGAAGAUCGCGUACUACUACUGCUCGCGCAUGAUGCCGCACGGGCAGGAGGAUACCACCGAGGUGAUCGGCACGGAGGGGAAGCUGUCGGUGAAUAUCAACCCGCAGCGGGAUUUUGUGAAUUACUACCACCCCGGGGGGAUUACGCGCGAGGUGCCGCCAAACUUUGUGGGGAGAUUUGGCGAGGCGUUUGUGCGCGAGGCGAAUGAGUUCACUGCGGCGUGUCUCGAGGGGACGGCGCUGCCGGUGCGUUUGGGGAAUGCGGUUAAGGCGGUCGAGAUUGGCGCGUAUCUGCAGGAGGCGCUGGUGUCCGGGAGGCAAAUUCGGUUUGAUGAGAUUGGGAGGAGGGUGGAGGCUGCGCAGUUGUAGAUGGAUUCAGCUCUUGUUCUCGAUGUGUUUGGGCAGGGAUGGGGCAUUAUUUUCUGGUGGUAUCAGUGAAAACGAGUAUGUGCAUUUGCCUUCCGCCUUCCCAGUCUCCUGUUCCUGGUUCAGAUUAGAAAUUGUUUCUCUACACCCCAAUCAUAGAUCUCUGGUGAACGGCCCGUUAAGCUACGUUUGUGGUUCUCCUUGUAUGGUUGUAUCGUU